GGAAAAAAAAUGAUUGAGUUAGACACUAUUAAUCCAAAUAACCUGAAGGUUUUAGAGGUAAUUAAUCAAAAUACGAUUCCAGAAGGUGUUCGCUCGUUUUCUCCUCAGUAUUAUAAAGAAACAGUGCAAGUUGGAUCCUUAGCACAAUAUGCGUAUUUCAACAACGUUUGCGUAGGAGCUGUUCGAUGCAAGAAGGAGACUCAUAAUAAAAGCAGUAAAGUGCAAAUUCUUUCUUUGGGCGUGUUGCCAGCAUACCGCAAGUAUGGUGCGGGAACUAAACUUUUGGAGCAUGCCGUUAAUACCGCUAAGGAUAUUGGAUCGAAGGAGAUUUACGUUCAAUUACCUCAGAAGUUGAAUGCUAAAGAUUGGUUUUUACGCCGAGGAUUCACAGAAUUGAGUGAGUCCAGCAACGAAGACACAGCCGUUCUUAACCAUCCUCUGUACUGAAGCAGUUUUUCUUUCCCAUCAAAGGAAAGAAGAACAAAAUAAAAUAUAAAAGGAGAAGAAAUUAACUUUCUUAUGUCUUUUGGUUUCACCAACUCUUGUUUUCUGUCCUUGUCAAGUUCGAAUGUAAUAAUAUACCGAUAAACCAAAACCGAGUGGUAUUUCGCCGGUAAUCUUCAUUUCAAAAACAGGAAACAAAAAAGAACUACAAUUUCUGGGAUCUGAGUGAUUUCAUUCCUUCCUACCUUUGUCAGCAAGGAAUAGACCAUGCAAAUUUUCUGCACGAAAGCGAAUGCUAAUAAAUAAAAUGUAUUUGUAACAUAAAACAUGGACAAUUGUUAUCAUCCCAACUCAUUAUAAAUUCAUCCGGACCGCUUCAUCUUCAAUAGAAUCAAUCGACUUAAUAAGUAUUAAUUCCAUCAAAAUUCCUCAUCGUCAUCGC